GAAGCACCAAUGAGAAACGUGGUGGAAAAAUUGUGAGUGGUUCGACGUCGACACCGCGUCACACCGACGCUACAAUGAAUAAAAAAUAAUUCCAAUUUUUCAAUUAGUGAUCGAACAAAAUCAUUCUUUCAUUGAAACACAGUGUUGAUUAUUAUUUUAAAAAUAUCGAAAUGACGACCCUCAAGAUUACAAGACUUCUCGGAAUGGUAUUUCUCAGUGGAAUGAUCGUUCUCGCAGAGGCACAUCACUCUGUUGAUGAUUGCAAACAUCUUGGUUAUAGUAGCGCUAAUUUGUUGUGCUCAACUUGUGAAAAAUUGAACAAAUUCGACUUAAAUGAUCUUUAUGACAAUUGUCGAGAAUGUUGUGUGAAGGACGAUGUUACGGAAGCACGUUACCCCAAAGCUGUUCUUGAAGUUUGCACCUGUAAAUUUCCUGCUUAUCCUCAAAUUGAAGCUUUCAUCAAAAAUGAGAAGAAAAAUAAAAAAUACACGAACCUCCAGAUAAAAUAUGUACGUGGUCUGGAUCCUAUAAUGAGGUUAUACGACGCGGAUAACAAGCUUCAGGAUCAAUUGGACAUUACAAAAUGGAAUACAGAUUCGGUAGAUGAAUUUCUGCACACACAUUUAGUUAUGGACUAAGCCGAGUAUCGAUAACUCUUUCGAAUAUUGACUCUCUUUACUGUUUUAUUAUCACUCGUUGUUACAGAAUGUGACAAGAAAAAAAUAAAACAUUUUCUUUACAA